GGCUCUGCAAUCGUUCGUAGAGAUCGUCGCUUUGCCCAGGCGGUUGUGUAGAUCCAACUGGAAGUCAGGCCCAAACCAUGGCGGAAAAGACUCAAAAAAGUGUGAAGAUUGCACCUGGAGCAGUUGUGUGUGUAGAGAGUGAAAUCAAGGGUGAUGUAACUAUAGGACCCAGGACGGUGAUCCACCCUAAAGCACGAAUCAUUGCAGAAGCCGGGCCCAUAGUAAUCGGCGAAGGUAACCUAAUAGAAGAACAGGCGCUCAUCAUAAAUGCUCACCCUGAGAAUAUCACUCCUGAUCCUGAAGAUCCAGAGCCCAAACCUAUGAUCAUUGGCACCAAUAAUGUGUUUGAAGUUGGCUGUUAUUCCCAAGCCAUGAAAAUAGGAGAUAAUAAUGUUAUUGAAUCAAAAGCGUAUGUAGGCAGAAACGUAAUAUUGACAAGUGGUUGCAUCAUCGGGGCCUGCUGCAACCUGAACACGUUUGAAGUCAUCCCUGAGAACACAGUGAUUUAUGGCGCAGACUGCCUUCGUCGGGUGCAGACUGAGCGACCACAGCCCCAGACACUACAGCUGGAUUUCCUGAUGAAAAUCUUGCCAAACUACCAUCACCUAAAGAAGACUAUGAAAGGAAGCUCAACUCCAGUUAAGAACUAAGAAAAAUAUAUGACAUCAAGAUAACAUUUGUCUUUGACCACUGUCUUUUGAAAGAGCCACAGUGUUUAUACACUCUUAGUCCGCAGAAUAUGUGUUGACUUUAUCUUGUAAAAUUGAGUUAGAGAGGAAAGAAAUGGGUUUUCAUUGUAACUGUCCUCUAUAAUUUAUAUAAAAUGUAUUAUUUUCUGAUGUCCUUGUCCCAUUUCUGAUAAUUUACAAAUUUCUUAUUUUGUGUUGUUUUGUUAUGUAAAAUGUUGGCCAUGAAUUUUAGUUAUAUAAAAGACUACCCAUGAUAAAAAGAACAUAUUGUU